AUGAAUUAUACGAAAACUCCAAAUAUCAUGAUUCCAACACACGUUUUUCUUCUCAUUGUAGUAAUAAAGAGAUUGGAUCCUACUGAUCUCUAUACUAUCGUUAAUGACAUUAAAUUUAUUCUUCGUGGUUCCGAGGAAUUGAAGAAUUCGCAGUCCUUAAGACAUAAACUAGCUUCUGUCCGUGUUCGCGAAUAUCUCCAAAGCAAUAUUAUUAUAGAAAAGGAGCG